AGAAACAAGUCAGCACAAGAAAACGAGUGGGUGUCUAAAAACGGUCACCAGGCGAAUGAGGGCAACAAGUUGGUUUUGUUUUUCCAAACAGGAGGCUACAGAUGGUGACUGGAGUUAUGUUAGUAUAGCUAAAAGGUUUGACGCGUAAAUAAAUUAAUAACCGCGUUCAAAAUGAGCUUCUCGGUGUUGUCGUAUGAGAGUUUGGUUCAUGCUGUGUCAGGAGCAGUGGGAAGUGUGACUGCCAUGACAGUGUUCUUCCCUCUUGACGCUGCCAGACUGAGGCUACAAGUGGAUGAAAACAGGAAGGCCAAAUCAACGCCAACCAUUCUGGCAGAAAUUGUCAAGGAGGAAGGACUACAAGCCCCGUACAGAGGCUGGUUCCCUGUCAUCUGCAGCCUGUGCUGCUCCAACUUUGUCUACUUCUACUGCUUCCACAGCCUCAAGGCGAGCUGGCUGAGGGGAAAGCAGUCAACACCAAGCACUGACUUACUCAUAGGCAUUGCUGCAGGUAUUGUGAACGUACUGGUUACCACACCUUUGUGGGUGGUCAACACCAGGCUGAAGCUUCAGGGUGCCAAGUUUCGAAAUGCAGAGAUACGGCCCACCAACUACUCUGGCAUUCUGGAUGCAUUUGUGCAGAUCAUCCGUGAUGAGGGCGUAGGAGCGCUGUGGAAUGGGACCUUCACGUCCCUGCUGCUGGUGCUGAAUCCUGCCAUCCAGUUCAUGAUUUAUGAAGGUCUGAAGAGACAGCUGAGGAGAGGAGUUCCCAGAGAGCUGUCAGCUGUUGAGGCCUUCAUCAUCGGUGCUGUUGCCAAAGCUGCUGCCACCAUUGUUACGUACCCACUGCAGACGAUACAGUCCAUUCUCAGGUUCGGUCAGUUCAACGAGUCAACAGACAAGUCAAAACUACUGUCCAGUCUAAGGACUAUCAAGUGUCUGUUGGUCAACAGAGUGAGGAAAUAUGGCAUGCUGGGUCUGUUUAAAGGCCUUGAGGCCAAGCUGCUGCAGACGGUGCUGACUGCUGCCCUCAUGUUCCUUUUCUAUGAGAAGAUUGCCAGCUGCACUUUCAGAGCCAUGGGACUGAGCAGCAGCCACUACAAGAGACGCUAGGUAGCAUCACACCCAGGGAUGUUUGACCUUAAAGCACUGAAUUAGCCUCUACACCAAGCCUGUUAUGUGUGGUGUCCGUACUCUUAAAGGGUAACACCACCUAAAUUAAGAAUUCCAAUAUGUUAUUUCAGUGGUCUAGGAAAGUUUAAUCAGUAUUUGUGAAAAUGAGCGACUCUCUCUCUCUCAAAGCCAGAAACAUUUCCCUGGGUGCUCUUAGUGCCAUCUAUGGAGUCUAGUCUAGUCUAGUCUAUGGAGCAGCUCCAGACUUGCUACCAUAUUACAUGACAAAUUUGGGUUUUAGCACUCUAAUUUUUGGAUUAUGGAGAGAGUUGUUAAUGUUUACUUAUAUUUUUGUACUUUCUUAGACCAUAGGAACAGCAUGUAUAUAUUUUAAAAGUGGGAGAAGUUCCUCUUUUAAAGCACUGAAUGACUGUAGUGAUCACUGCUCACAGACCCCAUGAUGGGGACUUAUGCCUCCUGGAAAAACUCACUUUCUUUUAAUCUUUAAUGGUGACCUAAUCCUACCAACACUGCAACUAAUAAACAUUACAAACUUUAAGUUAACCUCUCCCUGUAAAUAUACUGAUUUUGUUUUUCUGUAAAACCCUGAGCUGAUGGAUGAUUAUGCAACAGCUGCUGGACUGUUUGUUUUGUUGUAAAUGUGAAUUCUUCAUUUCAGCCUGUCUUCACUGUACCUUACUGUAAGAAUGUAAAAGUAGGACGAGGAAUUUAAAUGACUUCCUUAAGUUUCAUUUUCAGUGUACCAACACAGCCCUGGCUCCUCGUCGAGCUCUGAACAGAACCAAAAAAACAUUACUGGAAGAAGUGAAGUGAGUUUCAUAAGAACAGAAAUGAAACUAAAUCAGAGUUGCAGCUCCUUCAGUCCCAUUCACCAGUCUGGACAGAUAAAGAGAUCCUGAGCUUCCAUAGUCUACAGAGAAGGAGAAUUUAGAUUUAAAAAUAGAUAUUUCAUUUGUAUUUUUUAUGACUUUAUUAUUUGUACAUAAGCACGUCUAAAAACAAAUUUCCCUCCAUGAUUGUUUGUCAGUGUCUGACAGAAAACCAGUGUUAUAAACUGGGAGCAGGGAGUUUGAAAGAUUAAUAAGCAUGAAUAGUAUAAUGAAGGAUGCUGCUGAGUUGCAUUAUGGGACGUGUAGGAUGUGGCAGUUUUGAAGCUGAUGAUCCUUUUGUGAUUUUUGUAUACAUACAUUUUUGUUCCUUGCUUUCUGUUUGCCUGUUGAGUGUUGUUUUCCUUCAGCCCGGAGUCCUGGGGAGAAAAUCAUUAAAUAAACAUGCAAACACAGAUUA